AUGGGAUUCACACCUGCAAAACCAGCCAACUUUAAAGAUAAUCAAGGAAGAUUGUUGGUUUUUAAGCAAUCAGAUACAGAUGCCAGCAAAGUGAUCAAUGAAGUCAGUCCAGACAAUAUCUAUUUUCUCAACAAAGCUAGUCCAAAUCAAGCUGGAAGUCUUGGUUCAAAGAGGUUACCACACGACUUUAAAAAGACAAUUGUCAAACUCAUUCACAACAACAAUGAAGACAAACCCGGUGAAACCGAUUACAUUGUCAUUGAAAAUGGUGAAGAAAAAUUAAUUGACGAUCAAAAGUAUUUCACUGUCAAUAAAAUAACUAUUCACUUAUAA